AUGAUACAAGAAGCUGUAAAUAUGCCAUCCACACUACUAGCAAAGGACCCCCGCACCAUCGCGGCAGAAUACAUAUCUCAACGACACUUCCACAGACGCUUCAUUCUACCCCAAACGGCCACUCACGGGGACCUCCCAAUCACAUAUGCAGACAUCGGGAAAUGUCCAGAGACGUCGACAGGGAAUGUGCCGACUUUCCUGUUCAUGCCCGGCAUGUUUGGCUCGCGAUAUAUAGCUGUAUAUAUACAUGCGAUCGCAGAGAAACUAGGUGUGCGAGUGUUGAUCGUCGACAGACCCGGAAUGGGCGGCUCAGCGUCUGUUCCGCGCGAGUCGCGAGUCACAAUCUGGCUUGAGCUGGUACCGCUUCUCUUGAAGCACUUGUCGAUAGACCAUGUAUCGCUCAUCUCGCACAGCGCAGGUAUCAUUUAUCUGCUGAAUACAUUGAUUGCGCACCGGGACAUUCUUGACCCGGAAAAUCCUUAUAUCGCCUGUCUAGCACCAUGGGUUGACCCGGCACACUCGCACAUGACAACCUGGCAACUCGCGCGCUACAUCCCCACAAAGGCAUUUUCCAUCUGGAACCAGAUCCCUCAAUUCUUCCAAACCAGCCCUUUGAUUUCAUCUAGCGGGGCAAUUAUCACCAGUAUAAAAGAUAAAUUUCCCGGUGGGGAUGACGAAAACACAAUAUCCGAACGGAAAAGAAGGCUUAUUGAGCAAGAAUACGGCUUGGAGAGAGAAGKGCAGGUGGAGUUGGAGAAGUUGACGGCUAAAUUCAUAUUCAAGGAGAGUACUGUAGGCGCUAAUGAGGAGGCGUUGCAGUGUGUGAGAAAGGGCGCGCCGUGGCUUGAAUGUGAUGAUUAUACGCAUUUUGCGAAGAAUCUCGUUGAGAGUGAAAGGAGAAGAGGUGAUGCUACGUCAGGUAAGAUAAGGAUGAGAGCGUACUUUGCGGAAAGUGAUGUUAUGAUUGGAAAGACGGGGCAGAAAUAUUUCGAGAGCUGUUUCAAGGGCUUCGAGGAUGUACUGGAUUUUGAUAGUGCCACGAUUGUGGAGGAGAAUCAUGAUAGUGUGGCUUUUGCGCCGGAGGUUCUGGGGAAGAUUUUUCGAGAGCGAAGUACUUAUUGA